CCUGCGCAGGCGCGUCUGCGCAGACGGAGCUGCGGCAGCUCCGCACUCCGCUGAUUCUGGAGAACUGGUCGGACGGGUCAGCCCCCAGUCUGUCAGGGCGGGGCCGAUAAGAGCCAACGGCCGCGUGCAUGCACGCGCGUGCUCACGGUGGGAGGAUUCAGCAGGAAGCGCCUCGUCUCUCCGCGUCCCGGUUUCGGUGCUCUCUUUUCAUUGUUUUCGUCCUGGUUCUGCUCGGGAAUCGAACCUGCACAGAUGGCGAGCGGGCUUUCGUCUCUGGAGAAAGCCAUCAACUCUGUGGUCACACAGUUCCACAGCGCCGCAGGAGGCGGAUCCACCAUGAACUCCUCCCAGUUUAAGGACAUGCUCUCCAAGGAACUGCCCUUGCUUGGCAAGACGGUGGAGAGCGAGGACGGCAUGGCGAAGGUCAUGCAGCAGAUGGGCGUCAAGAGCGGCGAGAACAUCUCCUUCGAGAACUUCUGGAAGCUCUUCAACAACCAGGCCGUCGAGCUCUUCAAGACCAUGUACAAGGAGAAGAGCCCCAAGUGCAACUGCCUGCUGCAGUGACCGGCCCGGCCCCGCCCCGUCCUGCACGCGGCCCCGCCCAGCAGGAGGCGCUGCAGCCCCCGUUCUUAGUUCCAGACAAAAAUGCAGUUUUCUUUAGCUGGAAGGAGGAGGGACCAAAGACCACUUUAAAGAGAAACAACAAUCCAAACUUCUUUUAUUGAUUCAUCAAACCAUUAGAUUCACCGUCAUUAUGACAAAAGGUAUUUAAAAAUUAAAAUGUCAAAUAAGUGGAAACGUUUUUUUUCAAGGCAAAUUAAGAACAUUUUAAGCAUAGAAACAUUUUUCUAAAUAAAACAAUUUUCUGAAGAGAAUCUGCAUCAUUAAACAUCAAAGUUUAGCAUCUCAGUUAUAACAGCCUUUUUAGUCUGAAACCGUUUAAAUUAGUUUACAAAAAAAAAGUUUUAGUUUAAUAACAAACUUUAUUUUCAUGUGUAUGAAGAUCAGAAUUCUUCUCCUUGAGUUUGCUAAAAUGCUGGUAGAAUCGGUUUAGACGCGUUUGCUCUUCUAUCUGUUCACCUCUAAGACUCCAAACUGAAUCCAGAGGAUCUGCUGAUCACUGGUGGAGGAUCUGCUGAUCACUGAACCCACCAAACGCUGAAGGUGUUCCUCCAGGCGUCCCAGCAGCUCCUCAGCCAAACUGAGAUGCUCUUCUGCCAACAUGAGUCUGUUUUACUCGCCGUGCGGCCCCAACGCGUUUUCCAUCCUGGCUUGUCGUCUGUGUUUAUGUGAAUAAAGUUUCUGCUUUUGAA